GAGGAUCAAGAAAACGGAGUUGGAUAUGGGAUCAUUUUGAAGAUUUAUCCACUAACCAAGGGUCCAAAGGACGGUGCAAAGAACUAAAAAAAGAUGGAACUCUAUGUAAUCAUAUGGUUGAAACUGAUGGUGGCACAGGAAAUUUCAGUGACCAUCUUCAGAAUAAGCAUGGAAUUACGAAAUUUGGAAGACACGAAUCAUAUGUUUCUCAAUUAAUGAACAAUGAAAAAUCCUAUCAAAUAAAAGAUAAUGCCAUUUAUAAAGAGCAAGUAGACAAAGUUUUGGUUGAAUUCAUAGUUACUGAUUCCCAGCCAUUUUACAUGCUAGAAAAUCCAGGAUUUAUAAAAUAUUCACUAGCGCUUAGUCUAUCCUACAAAUUGCCUAGUAAUAAAGGAAUAAAAAGUAAAAUUUAUUUGGCUUAUGAUUGGAUGUCAGCAGUUGUUCGUACAUUAUUAGAUCAAGUAGUGUGCAGUAAUAUUAAUAAAAAUCAUGAGUAUUUACAAGCGAUAGCUGAUGUCCCAACAAGGUGGGACUCUACAUACUUGGCAUGGCCCUUUGCAAAUGCUACAAAAAUACUUGGUGGAAGCAAAUACUCUACAAUGUCAUUUAUGUUUACAGCUAUAUCUUCAUUAAAAAAAUUGCUUGAUAUUGAUAAUAAUGUUCAAAUUACAGUAGAUCUUGAUGAUUCAAAUACUGUGUUCGAUGAUGAUUUAGAUUUACAAGAAGAUAUCGAAUUUAUUGAUGAGCCAGAAAUAUUAGAUAUUGAAAUGGAAAAAAAAUAA